GUAAACUGUGGGUGGAGUAUAAAAAGGCCCACCGUUUCUCCCUUCCUGUAUUACUUACUAUUCGCUCGUGUUUCUAAAACAAAUUCACGACUGCCAGCGAAGCCAAGUACAGCCGUUGCAGCCAUCGAAUUCUAAACUCCAUAAAAACAAACAGAGAGAUUUUUGACGUCCUUGUAUACGCUUAGCUUUCUUUCUUUCUGGUUUAGUUUUUUGGCGACGGAGUAAAUGGCUGAUUCAUACGUGCUGGGAUGGAUCUUGUGUUCCGUGAUGGCGCUGGUUGCGCUAUGCGGUGUCGUUUUGAGAAGGCAGAAAUGGAAGGGGAUUUCCAUGAGAACUGAGCCCCUGAAGACCGUCCUAACGAGUAACGGAGAAUGCGGAUCUGCUGACGCCAGCCACGCUGAUGUCAUCAUCGUUGGAGCUGGCGUUGCUGGUUCCGCCCUCGCUCACACUCUCGGCAAAGAUGGACGUCGAGUGCAAGUGAUUGAAAGAGACUUGAGUGAACCUGACCGUAUUGUUGGGGAAUUGCUACAACCAGGGGGCUAUCUCAAGUUAAUCGAGUUGGGACUUGAAGAUUGUGUAGAGGAAAUUGAUGCUCAGCAAGUAUUUGGUUAUGCUCUUUUCAAGGAUGGGAAGCAUACUCAACUUUCUUACCCAUUAGAGAAGUUCCACUCUGAUGUAUCUGGUAGGAGCUUUCAUAAUGGACGUUUCAUUCAGCGGAUGCGGGAGAAAUCAGCUUCCCUUCCCAAUGUACAUUUAGAGCAAGGGAUAGUCACUUCUCUACUUGAAGAAAAAGGGAUAAUCAGAGGAGUGCAGUACAAAACUAAAGAUGGUCGAGAAUUGACUGCAUUUGCAUCUCUGACCAUUGUAUGUGAUGGUUGUUUUUCGAACUUGCGUCGCUCCCUUUGCAACCCUAAGGUAGAUAUACCUUCUUCUUUUGUGGGAUUGGUCCUGGAGAAUUGUCAUCUUCCAUACUCAAAUCAUGGGCAUGUUAUACUAGCUGAUCCUUCCCCCAUUUUGUUCUAUCCAAUCAGCAGUACAGAGACUCGCUGUCUGGUUGAUGUACCUGGUCAGAAGGUUCCUUCUAUUGCAAAUGGUGAGAUGGCAAAUUAUCUAAAGACCAUUGUGGCACCCCAGGUUCCUCCAGAAAUCUACGAUUCCUUUGUAGCAGCCGUUGAUAAGGGAAAUAUUAGGACAAUGCCGAACAGAAGCAUGCCGGCUGCUCCUCAUCCCACCCCUGGAGCCCUAUUAAUGGGAGAUGCAUUCAACAUGCGGCAUCCAUUAACCGGUGGAGGAAUGACUGUUGCUUUAUCUGAUAUUGUUGUCCUCCGUGAUCUAUUAAGGCCUCUACAUGACCUCAAUGAUGCCCCUAUGCUCUGCAAAUAUCUUGAAUCAUUUUACACAUUGCGGAAGCCCGUGGCAUCAACCAUCAACACCUUAGCAGGCGCCUUGUACAAGGUAUUCUGUGCUUCCCCUGAUCAAGCAAGGAAGGAAAUGCGACAAGCUUGCUUUGAUUAUCUAAGUCUUGGUGGUGUAUUCUCAGCAGGACCUAUCUCCUUGCUGUCUGGUUUAAACCCUCGCCCCUUGAGCUUGGUUCUACAUUUUUUCGCAGUGGCAAUAUACAGUCUUGGUCGUUUACUAUUGCCAUUCCCUUCACCUAAGCGAAUCUGGAUUGGAGCUAGAUUGAUAUCGGGAGCAUCAGGUAUCAUCUUUCCCAUUAUCAAAGCAGAAGGAGUUAGGCAAAUGUUUUUUCCGGCGACAGUGCCUGCAUAUUACAGAGCUCCUCCACCUGUAAAAUGAGGGAAGAAUUUACCAAAUGACCACCACAAACUGGUUUGUAACUUAAUUCUUUAGGCUUUUCAUAAGUAAAUCAUAUUUCCCAAAAAUGGUGGAUGAACCUUGUAUGAGUAAAAACAUUAGGUCACGUUUGCUUCAUUGUAAUAGAAUAAAGCUAUAAUUAAUAAUUCAAUUGUUUGGUUGAAUGGAAUGGAAUAAAAUUGUAAUAGUAUUAUUGUGUUUGAUUGAAUAGAAUAGAGUUGUAAUAGCAUAAGAAAAGAAACUGAAAUGACCAGAGUACCUUUAGUAGAA